GGGGAGGCCGACCAGUUUUCUGGGCGGAGACACAUACCUGACUGAUCCCAGAAGAACGAGGAAACUCGAAUGCAUUGUACUUACACGGUCACUUACAGACAAAAUUCCGUCAAUAUUCUAAGGUUGCACAACUGAAUCACGCGGCGGUGGGCGUAAAUGGGGAGCAAAUUUUAAAAUAUUUCAACAAGAGUUCAUUUACAGUUGUUUCUAUGCACCAACGAUGCUGAUUGCCAAAGUCUGCACAGUUCUAACCCUCCCUUCAUGUGGGGCAACUGCAUGAAGAGCUUUUCACUGUGUCCCGAAGGUGAGAGAAGGACAUCCGGCCAGAGAAUGAGAGCUGAGACAUAUUCUCUCUGAUUUUGCGUGCCAGUGGGGAGGAUCAAGUGUCUUUGCGUCAUUUUAUUUUAAAUUAUGAAAUCUGGUAAAACAAAAAAAAGGUGUAAAUACGUGCAUUUGGUUUCCGGUUUGUGUGAAGCUUUUUGAAGUGUCCUUUCCCAUCUAGAAGCGUUGUCGUUCCGGGCAGAGGAGAUUCAGUGGCAACUCUGCGGUUUAUUAAAUCUACAGCUGAUAAACAGGAAGUUGUUUCGGUCAGAGAACGAAAGGAUUAUUCAUUUACCUGUCACCUGGAACAUCACCAGUACAAGUUCUUCACCUUGAAACGAUUUAAAUCAGUGUGACUCGCGUUGCCUUUGAAAAAGCCCAACGAGCGCCUGAGAGUUCAUUGCUCAGUACCUCCCACAUACCUUUCUGUGACAGCCUAGAAAUGCACCAUUGUCGCAGUUUUCACAACGAUCCGAUUGAAGUCAUUUGACAAUUAACCUCAUUCACGGAGGCUGAGACGUAAAGAGAAACACAAAUUAUAAAUCGUUCAACAGGCUUCUCUUUGGACCAGCUGAACUAGCUUCACUGAAGAUGAGGCGGAACUUGAAAGUCAAGGUAUACAUUCCACACUGCAGUGCUGCAAGUUAAAGGAUAAGAACAAUUUAGGCUCAAAGACUGAAGAAGGAAACAUUCGAACAUACCGGAUGAAUGAUAAAAGAAGACUUCAAGAACAAUGUGACAGGUUAAUUAAUGAAAAUAUUGGAGAAUAAGACAGUUGCCUCUCUAUCUUUUAACUAUAUCAGAAAUUCAUGACCUAAAGACACAAGUUAGACUCCACUAAGUUUGGCUUAAUGAGGAGGUGACUUGUAAAUCAAAUUCUCACAGGCAUUUAUGCAAACAGCCACUUAUGUCCUAUCAAGGGAGCAAGCAUCAUCAAUAUCAGUAUGUUUUCUAAUGUUAAUGGCUAAUUAUAAAUACCACUAAUGCAGAAAAUAAAAAGCCAACAAUCUCAUGGGCCCAAUACUGUUUGUAUUGCAAAUAAAAAACAACGUAAGACAGAUGUUGUGGAAUCAGCUAAAGAGGAAAGCAGAACAAAGGGCCAGAACAAUAGCUUGGAACUGUUACCAGGAACUGCGACAUACACAGAUCUGCUCAGUGGCAGGGUGCUGAACUGUAACAUGCACCUAAACAGUACUAAUUCACAGGAGACGGUUGAGUGCGAAACUGACAUAAAGCACAUUGAUGGGAUUGAGGAAUGUUAUGCGAGUACAGCCACUGCAGUAGCUCCAGGGAAACUGUCACCUUUUGUAUCACUUAGCUCUUCAGGUCACUGCUCCAAACUACAGAGGCUGUCUAUUGAAUCACAUGAAGAAUCUACACAUGAAGAUAAAAUGGAAACAGAUAAGUGGGAGCAUCAGUCUGAAUCAGAGUCAUUGGGCCUCAACACAGGUUGUGGAGAACAUUCUCUGGGAUCACCUGUGGAACAAGAAUUUCCUAAAGACGUGACAUUGUCAUAUUGUGUUAUAAGACAAAAAUCUGGAGUUUGCGAUUCUGAGCUUCAGGAGAGCGCAAGAAGGAGACUAUGCAUUCUAGAGAGUGAAAACAAGGAUAUUGUAGCAUUGUUUAAUGAAUUGUCAGCAAGACUAUUAUCCAUUCUCGCAGAAAAGGAUCGCUUUAUUCUCACCUUUAAAACUGUGGAAGAAAUAUGGAAAUUUACAACUUAUCUUUCCCUAGGAUUUGUUGGACGAUGUUUGGAGAAUUUGUUGUUCGAUCAACAUUUCUGGUUGAAUGUUUCUGUUGUGGAAGAUGUAAAGAUUCAAGUUGAAGUGAAUGAAGCUGAUUUAUCAAUGAUGUAUUUGGAUCUUCUAUUACAGGAAGGGCCAUUCUUCACCAGAAUCCUAUCAAACAUUCUUAAGAAUGAAGAGGAAGACGUGAGCAUCUGCAAGGAUGAUCUCAUCAUGCUCAAAGAUAUUGGAAAGAACUUAAAAUGGGAAGCAACGUCGCUUUCGACCAAUGAAACAGGCCUUCUUCCAGUAUCUGCACCACAGGCUCUUCUCUACCCUUUUUACCAAUGGUUCUUAAAGGUCAGAGCAGGAAACUUUAAUGGAUGUAAGGAAACUAAACAGCAGCAUUUUGCUCAAUCAAUUGGUACUGGUACUUGUAUUGCAACUGUGGAUUGCAAGGAGGGUGAGGCGGAUGAACUGCAUUUCGUUAAAGGAGAAAAAAUUCAGAUAAUUGGCUUCCUUCUUUCUAACCUGCAGUGGGCUUUGGGAAAGUCUUUAAAUUCUGGAGAAACUGGGUUUGUCCAAAUAAGACACAUGCAACCUGACCAAUUCAAAACGCUGGAUGCUCAUCUCUUGUUCUUAAGUGAUGAAGAAAAAUCAUCUCUGAUUACCUUUAAAAAAUCUGAUGAUCAACAGAUGAAUCUCCUGAAAACACUCUGCCAAAGCAACAUCAAUGCAGUUUAUCGUUUAGAUAAUUGUAAAUUGCAAGAGAUAAAGUCAGACAGUGAACAGCGAGAUUGCCUUCAUUUGACAUCUGCAAACCAUCUCCCUUCUGGACUAGCUGGACUUGUUUGUGGAAGGAACUUUCCUGAGAUAAAUUCUUCUAAAUCUAAGGAAUUUCAAGAAUUUGUUCCAGAACCAGAUCAACUUGAUCAACCGAAGUUCUGGAUAGAUCUUAAUCAAGGAUGCCUCGAUGAUCCUGCAACAUUUGACCCUUUAAUACUAUACCUAAACCAAGAAGAAUAUAUCGUGCAAUUCAAACAAUUCUAUGAUUUGUCCUUUUCCUUUGUAGGGUCUACUUUAUAUGGGGUAACUGAAGAAAAAGAAAUUUUACAGUAUUUGGAAAUGGCAAGAGAGAUAGCCAAAAGAUACAACAAACAUUGGGCUUACUCCAGAAUCUGUUUCCUUUUAGGAAGACUUUGCGCUAAAAGAUUCAGGUUCUCCCAGGCCAGAGUUUACUUUGAAGAAGCAAUGACUCUGGUGCACGGCACAUUUUCUGACUUGUAUCUAUUGACUGCAUUGUACGUCAAUUUGGCUUCUGUGUACUUGAAGCUAAAAAUGAAAGAGAAAUCUCAUAACCUUGCUGAAAAGUCUGCAACUCUUCUCUUGUGCAUCCCAUGCCAUAUGUUUAGCUCGGAGAAUGAGUUAGAGGUACUUAACAUUAUACUUAAAAAAGCAAUGAUUGCUGAUGAUUAUCUCCUGGAGGCACGUGUCUGUUUCCUGAUUUCAAAACUUUUUUUGGAAAUUGGAAAGUCUGAAGAAAUGUUGCCAUUUGCUGAACAUUUGCAGUUUCUUUCAAAUAAUUUUGGUUCAAAAAGCAAUAUAGUCCCAGUAAAUGUGUAUUUAAUUUUAAGCUCGAUGUAUAAUAAAAAAUGCUUACCAGAACUUGCGCUAGCAGCAUUAAGACUUGCUCAAACCAGCUCCAACAACACCUUGUUUGGUUCUUUGCAGAAAGCUGAUCUGGUCAUGGAAAUUGUCUCAAAAUUAAACUAUCCAGGAUAUUGUCAUUGUGAAAUACCAACUCAAGCUGCUUUUUACCUUCAAAAGGCUUCAAGUUUCUCAACUGGUGUGACCAAUACAAUUAUUCAGAGAGACUUGUAUUUUGCUUUGGCUAAUUUACACCUGCAAUACAAGUCAUACGAAAAGGCAAUUGAUUUCAUGACAAAAUCUGCAGAUGUAGCAAAAUGCAUUGGUGAUGGGGGAGCUUUCAGAAUCUCUCUUUUUCUUGCCUGGUUGUAUCUUUUAAAUAAUCAGCCUGCUGUGGCAUCAGAAAUGUUGAAUUCCCUUCUGGAAUUUUCACUUCAGACACAUGGUCCUAUUGAGAGAGGAGUUGUUCAUAACAUGUUGGCCAUAUCUUUGAGAAAAAAAGGCAUGCUGAAGGAAGCUUUGGAAAACUGCCUGUGUGCAAUAAUGGCUGCAGAAGAGACUGGUAUAAAACAUAACCAAGCUAUCGCUCAUGCUAACUUUGGAUCUCUGACUCUGUGCUGUAAACAUUUAACACUGCCAGAACGCUACCUCAGGAAUUCUCUGAAUAUAUAUUUGGAAAUGCAAGACUGCAGCUGGGAGUCGGAUUGUGUGCAAGUCCUUCUUUGUUUAGGGCAAUACUACGUGGACAGAGGCUUGAGGGAAGACGGGAGACUGAAUUAUGAACUAGCACUUCUCAUUGCCAUGAAAAGCAAUAAUAUUUGUAGCCAAGUUCAGGCCCUUGAACAACUCUGCAGUUUCUAUGAGAACAUUUUACAUGACAAACAGCAAUGUAGAAUAUAUUAUGAGCACUGGCUAAUGCUUUCUCAAAAGUUAAAGGACAAGGAACAAGAGAUGAAAAUGUUGAACAUCCUAAGCCACCUUCACCUGUCUUUUAACACACAGAGUUCCUACAGAUUGUCAUUAGACUAUACCAAACAGAACCUGAGGAAUUUUAUUGACCUAGGAAUGCAUUUCAAGGCAGCAGAGGCAUGGCUGUUGGCUGGAAAACUCUAUUACCUGAUGGAAAAAUAUGAACUUGUUGAGCUGUACUUUCAGGCAGCUAUACAAACAGCACAGCAAACGGAGAAUUUGCACUUUAUACUGAAAAUCAAUGAAGCAGCGGGGGAUAUGUUUUACAAUGGGCCUAGGGAGCGAGAGAAAGCAACAUCGUUUUAUAGGGCUGGGGCAGUACCUCUGGCUAGGAUGACGGGAGAUACUGAUGCAGAGCUCAGACUUCUUAAUAAAUUAACUGAGCUUAAUAUUAUGCUGAGCCAUUUAGAACAAGCCCUAGAAUAUGCGAUUGCAGCUGUAAGACUCAGCAUAAAUACUGGGAGCCAACUGAAGGAACAAAUUGCUUUUUAUCGACUAGCUACAGUGUACUACUUAUGCCAGCAAUAUGAGAUGGCUGAGAACUAUUACUUGAAGGCGUUAUCACUCAGUCCCUGCUUAUUGCAAUCUCGUGAAGAAGCAACGUACUACAUGAAGGUUUACUUGAGACUAGGUGACAUUACACUCCACAAACUCAAGGAUGCACAUGAUGCCGCUGGCUACUUCCAUUUGGCUUUUGCUGCAGCUACUGAAAUAGGGAACAAGCAAGAUUUGUUUAAUAUUUGCACCAGGCUUGCCAACAUUUACAAGAACUACAUUGUGAAUGAAGAUCUGUAUUUGCAGUUUGUUCAGCAAGCAAAGGCUCUUAGCACUGAUACAAUGAUGCAAACAGUGAAAAAUGUAGAGUUUUAUAAUAUUUGAAACAUAUGCUGAAUCUAUCAUUACCUAACAGUAAUGUGAACACAGUAUUUUUAUAUUAAAAAUUUUAUCUAACGAAAUAAAGUUUUGUUUAUAUUUUUAUAUCAUAAGAUAGGCAAUUGUUGGAAUACUACUUUUAAUUGAUAACAUUAUCAUGCCAGAAGAUUGUACUAUUAUUAUAAUGUCAUUUUCAUAAUGCCAAAUGCAGAAUUGAUGUACUUUACAAUGAUAACCAAUAAAUUUGAACAAUAUGCUAAUUAUUGUCUCUGAAUUUCACAAAAGAUUUGAUUUCAGUUGCACAACAAAUUGUAUUUCAGGCCAGUAACUGUGCAGGUAUUAACAAGGCAGCCUGUUGUAUUGUUUCUCACAAUUAGUAUGUCAUUACACCUUUAAGUGACAUGCUGACAUCAUCAUCGCUGUAACGUAGCACAUGGCUUGAGUGUAUAAAGAUCUCAGACCCAAUCUUAAAUAGGGCCCACUUGAUGAAUGACAUGCUGAUGGAAGUACAGUGCUCUUUGUAGCUGAACAGCUGAAUAUUAGCCCAGCUAUGGAUAUGUCUUUGAAUAUAACACUGUAUACUUUAAUGAACUGUAAUAAA